CGGUCGCCACAGUUCGUUCGUUCGGUGCUCAUUUUCACAUAAGCCAAGGACUCGAUCAAGAGCAUGACGACGGACAGCACGGGCAAGAAGAAGAAGAUUGCGCUCGCUGUCGGUGGUGUCGUCGUCCUCGCCGUCGCAGCGACCGUGAUUGCGGUUGUUGCCACCAAGAAGAGCUCGGAUAGCUCCAGCACCUCGAGCGACAAGGCGGUGACGCCGGCGCCGACGGCCUACAACAGCAGCGCCCCGGACAACUCGACCAUCGACACCGCUCUCUUGCCCAAGAACACGACCGUCGACCCGCUCACGCUCAACCCGACGUCGGACCCGGAGAAGAUGACACCGGCGCUGACGAUGCAGGCGGUUGGCGAUUGGGGCAGCUCGCCUGGCAAGGUCAGCGGCUCGGACGACAACCCGGGCAGUUGCUGCAUCGUGUACGGCAAGAAGACCAACCCGUCGACAGCGCGCUACAAGGUCGACUUUUGGGCGCAGGCGUAUGUCGCCUCGCUCCAGAUGCAGUCGGCGACGCAGCUCAAGCCCAUCCGCGUCAUUGGCCACGGCGACAACUUUUACUGGGACGGUCUCGGCGGUACCGACAAGGCGUCGCGCUUUGCCAACACGUUUGAAGCCAUGUACACGGGCGACCUCAAGGGCGUCAAGUGGGUCAACGUCCUCGGCAACCACGACAUUGGUGGCGCCAACUACCUCUGUGGCGCGGCCACAGCGCAGUACACCAAGUGCAGCAGCGCCGACGAGCUUCUCACCAACCUCCGCGCCCGCGCCAAGUACCAAAUGGAGUACACGUCACCGGACAACAACCGGUGGCUGCUCAAGGACUUCUACUACGUCGAGUCGGCGAGCGCCGGCGGCGUGACCGUCGACAUCUUCAACAUUGACACCAACUACGCCGACAACCAUGGUGGCAUGCAGAUCUGCUGCCAGUGCUUCGGCUACGGCGGCGAUAUUUCCGGUUUCAGUACCAGCCACUGCGACACGGCGCAGCCCGGCCAGCCGCAGUGCGCGGGCGGUGACACAGCCCUCUACAACGCGUGCAUCAACGAGAUUAACGGGUGGGCGGCCGACAGCAUCAAGCAGGCGACGCGGGACAUUGCUGCGUCCAAGGCCAACUUCAAGAUCAUCAACACGCACUACUCGCCGCAACACCACAUGAGCCCAGACAAGCAGAAGGCGCUGUUUACGCUCACAAAGGACACCAACGUCCAGCUCUGGAUGAACGGCCACACGCACGCCUUCUCGCAUGACACGGCGUCGUGGGGCACUCACUUCAUCGAGAACGGCGGCGGUGGUGGCAUCUACACGCAGUCGGCCAACGCCAUGACCAACGCGUACGUCAAGAACGUCUGGGCGGCCGGCGGCAACCCGUACGGGUUCUUUGAGCUCAGCUUCUCGAAGGACUGGCUCAAGGCGCAGUGGGUCACGUUCGAUAAGAGCUGGGUCUUUGCUGGCAACAGCCUCGAAGGCACCAAGAAGGGUGGCCUUGCGCGCGGUCACUGCUGGUUCAUCCCGAGCGCCGCGUACACGGCCAAGGGUGCGCCUGGCAUCGAGUGCAAGAGCUCGAUCAACAGCUUCCUCGGCGCCCCCGAGUCAUCGAAUUCGAUCUUUUAAGACCAAGUGCAAUGUGAUCUGAUAUCUCAA